ACUAUUUAUCUCCUCGCAGUGACAUCACUGCAUUUCUGUGAGCACAUGCCGGGCGUGACGAGACACCGCGGAGGACGCUCUAUGUUUGGGAAGAUGAAUCACCCUGAGCUUAAUAGAAAACACCCAAAAAGGUUCACUUCAAGAGGACAAUAACCAUAACGCGUGUAAUUUCCUCCUACAAGUGUAUUUUACAAUACAUACGCCUAAACGCCUGCUGGUCGCUCAUGUUGUUCUCCUCAUCGUCUCAGAGCCCACGAAUGUGAGGCAGAGUGACCCCUCGUACCGCUUGUCUCUGCAUGGGGACGGAGACGCUGUCCCCCACCAGCAGCCCAUACUGGGCAGAGCCGGUGGUGGGAGGGACUGGGUACGGAGGUGGAGACGGGCCGCAGUUGCCGGUAGAGCCGAGCGGGCCAAAUGAGCACACGAGGACAGUAGCGGGGUCGGCUUGAGUGACAGGGGCCCCUCUUUUAUUUUUUUGUGCCGAGGUGUGACGGAUCUAUAUAAGAGGCCGAGGCUCCGACCGCAGGCAGAGGAGACACCCGGAGAGACACUGACCAUCCCAGCGGACCACCAGGGGACUUAACGCGGCCUUCAGUUACCCACAGUGCUGAUAAACCACCACGGCGAGACGAGGAGCGGGAUGGGACUGCACAGCGUGGAGGAACUGGUGUCCGGUAAGAGGUCAGAGGGCAAAGAGACAGACGACUUCCAAGGCGGCGUGUACGAGGCGGCUGUCAAUCUAGAGAAGCGGGAUGACCGGCGGUCCCACGAGGUGGACGCAGGUCUUUCAGAGGAGGCCGACAGCGGCAGCGAGCAGGAACACGUCAGUGUGGCAGAUCUCCACACGGAUAAAAGCGGCCGGCUGAAGUUGGAGACGGUGGACGACCUGUUCAACAUCCUGCAGCUGAGGAAGAGGAGAAGGGAGAGGAAGGCGCCCGUCCAUAAGAAACAGCAGCCGCAGCCGGAGAGCGUGCCAGAGACUGUGGAUGAUCAGCUGUUUCUGACGGCAACCACGGAGAACAAACUGCCCGUGGUGGAGAAGUACCUGACCGAUGGAGGGAACCCCAACGCAGCCGACCACUUCCAGAGAACAGCUCUGCACAAAGCCUCAUUCAAAGGACACAUGGAGGUCAUGAAAAGACUCCUGGAAGCCGGAGCUUCCAUUGGGAAAAAAGACAAGCUGGAGGCCACAGCGGUCCACUGGGCCUGCAGAGGAGGCAGCCUGCCGGCCCUGCAGCUCCUCCUCGACCAGGGAGCCAAGUUCACCGACAGAGACAAGUUGCACAGCACUCCCCUUCACGUCGCCGUGCGGACGGGACACUGCGAGUGCGCCGAGCACCUCAUUCACUGCGGCGCCGACGUCAACGCCAAGGACAGGGACGGAGACACGCCCAUGCACGACGCUGUGAGGAUAAACCGGUUCAAGAUGAUCAAGCUGCUGAUGAUGUACGGGGCCAGCCUGAAAAGCAAGAACUGUGAGGGAAAAACUCCACUGGAGACACUGAAUUCGUGGCAGAACGGCGCCAAGAGCCUCCUGUGUAACUUCAGCCAGUAGAAUCCAACGCAUUCCGCCGACGGCAGGGAGUCAACGUGAGACCCAGAAGAUCUUUACUGAUCCAUUUAUUGUUCAAGAGGCACGCGUGUCUUUCUCACCCGGUUCCAGCAUUUUGAAUGUUAAUGGCCGAGUUCCAUUUCUCACACUACAUGUUUGAGCAUCUUACGGCCACGUGGGCAGCAGAGCCCUGAAGGAGCCUUUGAUCAACAAUGUGAAAUCUAAUCAGGUUGUUUAUAAUGUGAUAAAUAGCAGAGAUAGAUGAACUGUUUGCCAAAUAUUGCUGGACAAUGUCUCGGCCGACAACAGGGAGUUGUUUUUUUUUCUUCUUUUCUUAAUGUUUAAUUUAAACUGGGUUGAAGUGCAUCGAGAAAUCAUGUAUUUAUUGAUUCAUGAUCAUUGUAAUCAAUUAACCUAAAGUGUUUUUACCAUAGACAUAAUAAGCAAGUUACUGUAGGGGUGAACCGAGUGUUUGAGGGUUUCGUUCAUGUUUAUGGUUAGAUUUAAUUAUUUAAUUGAUUUUCAUUUGCUCAAACUGGAACGUAGUGUGUGUUUUUCUCUGGUUCACAUUUCCCUCACAGUUCUAUAGGAACAGUUUGUGGAUUGAACCAAGUGUAAGAAAGUCCUUUAUUUGUAUAAAAUGGCUCCAGCUCGGUGUAAAUUGUUUAAAGGGCAACGGGAGGAACUGAGCCUCACCUUGCUGGCAGGUUGUGCGUGUUACACUUAAACAUUCAGAAGACUUUAACCAAGUUCUUUAAAAGUUCUUUGGUUUUAUGAAUUUUAAGAUUGAGAGUUGAGACACGAUGAAGAAGGUUUUUGGAUCAGGAUGAGAAGAACCUCUCCACUUACUAUUGAUUAAUUGUUAAUGUGUGUGAUCAGCAGUUUUACCAAAUACCUUUACUGCGUUUUUUGAAAUGAGCAGCAAGUAAAAGAAACGCUUGACCUACACACAAGUAUUUUGACUCAUCUUAAUCGUGGCUUGAAGUAAGUUUAGUUACUUUUUUUUCUCCCUUUCAAAUUUAAAAAAAAACCCUCAUUGUGAAAAAGAGCUUCAAUUUGUUAUCUGCGCUCCUCACGUUUUGUCUGGACGUUCAGUCCAGACGACCUUCCGACAAACCCUUUUGCCAGUUUCUUUUAAAGGUGUUUUAAUUUGAGCGUCACCUUAUCAAAGGUCACCUCAGGGACACGCAGGCCUCAACUGGCCACAGCUGACAUCACACACACACACACACACACACACACACACACACACACACACACGCAGUGCGGGAGGGACUAAGCUAAAAAGUCAAUGUUGGUUCAGAGGAUGUUUGACAAGUGUUUAUGGGGAAAGAAGUCUUUACGAAUCAUGUUUUAUGGUCAAAGACGUACGUGCAAUUUGCCUCGUGUUUAUGGAUGUUUGAAUAAAAUCUAUUUUCAAUUU